GUUAUCUUACUCGACGAACAAGCAUCCCAUACUCCGUCAGUCGCCGUCACCGUUGUCAGCCCUGCGUGGUUGUUCUCGGGCAAGCAGUGAAGAAGGUUCGAACCCUAGGGCUUUUUCUACUCCCAAAAUUCGAUUUGUCUUCUUGUAAGGAUGCAAGGAUCUUCCGCUCUUAAAAGAAAACGACAAGACGGAGUUCCUUCAUCAGGGUCUCUCACAGAUGCAGAGCGUGUUCUUUACAAUGUCAUCCGAAGCAGAAAAGACAUGGGAAUCUGGAGUAAAGACAUGAAACGUGAAACUAAUCUUCCUGACAAUGUGGUCAAAAAGGCCCUUGGUUCGCUUCAACUGAAGCAACUCAUAAAGGAGGUUGUAAAUUGCCAAAACAAAGCAAAAAAGCACUACAUGGCUUCUGAGUUUGAACCGUCCAAGGAAAUCACAGGUGGUGAUUGGUAUAGCAAUGGGAGUCUUGAUGUAGGAUUCAUAGACUGUGUAAAGGCGGCUUGUCUGAAGGAAAUUCCCUGGCCAAAAGUCGACACGCUUGAUGGAAUUCUAGAGGGGGUUCAAAGGAAGAAGUACUUCAAUGUUGAAUUGACAUCACAUCAAAUCGAAGAGAUUCUACGAGCUUUGAUCUUGGAUGACGAGAUUGUCGAAACGAAGAGCACCGGAUUUGGGGAUUUUGCUUCUAUUCCUGUAGGUAGGGUUUGUUAUCGACGCAAAAGAAAGAGUGGCUCUAAGGAGGAACCAAAAACUGGUGCCAUGGCUUCUAUUCCAUGUGGAGUUUGCCCCAGAAUAAGCUCUUGUACGCCUGAUGGUAUCAUUUCUCCCAUAACUUGUGUGUAUUAUCAGAAAUGGUUAGACUUUUAAAUUGAGUCCCAGAUUAUUUCUUACUCUCCUUUUCCCUUGAUAUUAUUUAUAGGACUGGGUAUACCCUGCUUUGGAUGAACUACUUUGUUUGGUGAAGUAGAUUGAAGAUGUAAAGUUAUUUUUUAAAAUUAAAAAUUGAUUACCAAGUCUGUCGAUGUACUAAUAUUUCUGCAAAAUGGCUUCUCUAUUUUUUCAGCGAAGAGGAUUUUAGGAUUUGCAUAGCCUCAAAUAUUGACGAGAUUUUCAUUGCAUUUUCUUUGUAAAUUUUUGUGUGGUCAAGUAAAAGUAAACUUAAUGGGGUUUAUGUAUUCUUUCUAUUUUA